UUUUUAUUUAAAAAAAAAUUACUUGUUCUGCGUUCAGUGUACUGAUAAAUAUGUUUUAUCCCUGCAGCUAAGAUAUUACCAGUGGUAAAAAACCAGCAUUUGCUGCUUUGCACCUUACUCAUUUGCAAUGCUGCUGCCAUGGAGGCACUUCCCAUUUUUCUUGAUGGUCUGGUUACAGCGUGGGGUGCUAUUCUGAUCUCAGUUACUUUAAUUCUUCUGUUUGGUGAGAUAAUACCACAGUCUGUUUGUUCGCGGCAUGGUUUGGCAAUUGGUGCAACUGUGGCUCCGUUUGUUCGUCUUCUUGUUUGGGUCUGCUUUCCUGUUGCCUUCCCCAUAAGCAAGCUGUUGGACUUCCUGCUGGGCCAUGGACAUGUAGCACUCUUUCGCAGAGCUGAGCUGAAAACACUUGUAAAUUUGCAUGGAAAUGAGGCUGGAAAAGGUGGAGAACUAACUCAUGAUGAGACGACAAUUAUUGCUGGAGCACUUGAACUCACGGAGAAAACUGCUAGUGAUGCAAUGACUCCU